UCCUUACAUAAAACAUAUUGAUAAAUGAAGCAAUUUAUAAUUAAAACCGGUUUGCUAACGAACUAACAGGGCUUAGCUCGCUAUUGUUUGGUGAUAAAGCGAGAUUUUUUGACAAACUUUUUUAUCUAAUUGUUUAUUUAUUUUUACUAGAUGGCUGAGAUUCAAGCAGUUAAAUCAGUUUGCGUUUCAUGCAAGAAGGAAUGUGGAAGCCAUUUUUGCAAAUUUUGCAAAAAAACGUGCCACGCAAUUCCGCCUUGCUCAACAUCAGCAGGUGAUGAUGAAGGUUUUGGUGCCCAGGUCUUGUGUAGUGGCUGUGCAAAAACUGAGACAGCAGCAGUGGCUAAAAAUAAGCAGCAAACACUGUCUAAGGAAGAGUUUCAGUUUGCCAACAUGUUUAAAAGACAUAGCAAGCAGCAGAAAACAGGACCAGAAGCAAAGCGAGCAAAGAGUGGACACGAGAAAACCCCAAUGGGCUUUUGCUUACUUUGUUUUAGGCAAGGCAAACGCAAAUUUUGGCUUGCUAGAGGGAACAAGUCCUCUCUAGCAAACCAUUUAAAAACUCACAGCGACAAGGGCGAAAAGACCUUAGCAAAUGACGCUAUUAGAGAAGAUUCCCCUCUUGCUAAAUCUGCGCUACAGGCGUACAAAAUGCUUAAAUCGGCUAGUACAAGCCAAGUGCAACAAAGUGUAGUGGCGACGGAAUGGGAGAACGGAUAG